GUCUCUCUCUCUCUCUCUCUCUCUCUCUCUCUCUCAGUGUGUGAGUGCAGGAAAAUGGCAGAAUCCAGUAUUUCAGUAGCUCAGCUUUCAGUAGAUCAGUUCAGCUGUCCAGUGUGUCUGGAUCUCCUGAAGGAUCCAGUGACUACUCCCUGUGGACACAGUUUCUGUAAGGUGUGUAUUAAUGGCUGCUGGGAUCAGGAGGAUGUGAAGGGCGUCUACAGCUGUCCCCAGUGUAGAGAGACUUUCACUCCAAGGCCUGUUCUACGCAGGAACAACAUGCUGGCUGAAGUGGUGGAGAAACUGAAGAAGACUGAACUCCACGCUGCUUCUCCUGCUCACUGUUACGCUGGACCUGGAGAUGUGGCGUGUGAUUCCUGCACCGGGAGAAAAUGCAAAGCUGUCAAGUCCUGUCUGGUGUGUCAGGCCUCCUUUUGUGAAGAUCAUCUUAAACCUCACUUUCAGUCUCCUGCCUUUAAGAAGCACAAGUUAGUGGAAGCCUGUGCAGAGCUCCAAGAGAAGAUCUGCUCUCAGCACGACAAACUGAUCGAGAUCUUCUGUCGUACUGACCAAAGCUUCAUCUGUUACUUGUGUUCGAUGGAUGAACAUAAAGGUCAUGAUACGGUUUCAACUAAAGCAGAAAGAAUGAAAAAACAGAAUGAGCUACAGGAGGAGCAGAUGAAAUCCGAGCAGAGGAUCCAGGAGAAGCAGGAGAAGGUGCAGGAGCUGAAACAGACUGUGGACACUAUUAAGAUGCGUUCACAGGCAGCAGUAGAUGAGAGUGAGAGGAUCUUUACUGAGAUGAUCAGCUCCAUGGAGAAAAAGCGCUCGGAGGUGAAGGAGCUGAUCAGAGCUCAGGAGAAAGCUGAUCUGAGUCGAGCUGAACGACUCCUGAAGCAACUGGAGCAGGAGAUUGCUGAUCUUAAGAGGAGAGUCACUGAGCUGGAGCAGCUUUCACACACACACGAUCACAUCCACUUCCUCCAGAGUUUCCCGUCUCUCUGUGUUUCUCCUGGAUCUGAGGAUUCACCCAGCUUCACUGUCCAUCAACAUCUCUCAUUUGAUGGAGUGAGGAAAUCUCUCUCAGAUCUGAAAAAACGAGUGGAGGAAAUCUGUGAGGUGGAAUUCAACAAAAUCCGUCCACAAGCUGCAGCAGUUCAGAUGAUUUUACUCUCAGCACCAGAAUACAGAGAAGAUUUUCUGCAGUAUUUCUGUUAUCUGACUCUGGAUCCCAACACAGUACAUCAUCACCUCAUUCUGUCUGAGAAGAACAGAGUGGUGAAGCGCAGUGGGAGAAAACAGCGAUACUCUGAUCAUCCAGAGAGAUUUGACCCCUUGUAUCAGGUGUUGUGUAAGGAGAGUGUGUGUGGACGCUGUUACUGGGAGGUGGAGUGGAGCCAUGGUGUGUACAUAUCAGUCUCAUAUAAAGAGAUCAGCAGGAAAGGACGGGGUGAUGAGUGUGGGUUUGGACUCAACAGUCAGUCCUGGAGUCUGUGGUGUUCUUCUUCCUCUGUCUCUUUCUUCCACAACGACAUUGAGACUGAUCUCCGAGGUCCAGCGUCCUCCAGAAUAGGAGUGUAUGUGGAUCACAGUGCAGGAACUCUGUCCUUCUACAGCGUCUCUGACACGAUGAAGCUCCUCCACAGAGUCCACACCACAUUCACUCAGCCUCUAUACACUGGGUUUGGUAUGUGGAGUUCUGACUCGACUGUGAGGUUCUGUGAUCUGAAAUGAAAUGUUGGUAAAAGUUUUUAGCAAAAUUAUAACUGAGGUGAUAGAUUUAUUUUCUCCCCGAGUUAGAAUGGCACUUUUGUGUGCAGAAACUGUAACAGUGCUACAUUAUUAUUAUUAUUAUUAUUAUUAUUAUUAUUAUAUUAUUAAAAUGUUUUGGAUAAAUAAUUAAUACAUUAUGACGGCGGUAAAUCUAUCUAUCUCUAUAUCUAAAAGUAUUGGAAAACUCUAAAUCUCUAAAGCUAUAAAUUCAUGCUAGCAACAUACAAAAUCAUGCUAGCAACAUGCUAUUUCAUGUGAGCAAUAUGCUAAUUCAUGCUAGCAACGUGCUAGCUACAUGCUAAAUCAUGCUAGCAACAUGCUAACAUGUUAGCAACAUGCUAAUUCAUGCUAGCAACAUGCUAAAUCAUGUUAGCAACAUGCUACUUCAUGGUAGCGACAUGCUAAAUCAUGCUAGCAACAUGCUAGCAACAUGCUAAAUCAUGUUAGCAACAUGCAAAUUCUUGCUAGCAAGAGGCUAAUUGAUGCUAGCAAUGUACUAAACCACCCAGAACACCCUAGCAACUGCUUUGCAACACCCUAGUAACCAGCCAAAACACCCUAGCAACCACCUAUAACACUCUAGCAACCACCAAUCUGUCUGUCUAUCUAUAUAAUCAACUCUAUAAUGAUGGUCACUCUGUCUAUAUUUCAGUCUCUCUUUCUCAAGCCAACAUCAAAGUUUGUCGUGAUGAACUUCACCUAUCUAGUUUUAUUUUAUAUCUUUAACCAUUUUCUAGUCAGGAGUCAGGAAACACACAGUGCACUCAGAGCAUAAACAACAAUUUCGGAAGUUUUAAAAAAUAUAUUAAUAAGUAACUACUAUAUCUCAUUGACACACAAGAAUUCAGAGCCUUUACUGAGACACUUGAAACUGAGCUCAGGUGCAUCCUGUGAUCAUCUUAGAGAUGUUUCUACAACUUGAUUAAAGUUCUCCUGUGGUAAAUUCAGUUGACUGGUGUAGGGGAAAUGGGUCUGUUUAUACAGGAAGCACUAGAAAUGUGGGGUACAGUCAGGUCCGUAAAUAUUUGGACAUUGACAAAGUUAUUGUUAAUUUUAGCUGUCUACUACAGUGUAUUGGAGAUGAAAUUAAAGAAUGAAUGUGAGCUCAAAGUGCAGACUUUCAUCUUUAAUUUGAGGAUAUUUACAUCCAAAUCAGGUGUAGGAAUUACAGCACUUUUUAUUAUUCCCUCAUUAUUCCCUCAUUCUUUCACUUACAAGUAAGCAGAUAAAAGUGUAGAGUUGAUUUCAGGUGUGGCGUUUGCAUUUGGAAUCUGUUCUUGUUAACUCUCAAUAUGAAGUCCAAAGAGCUGUCACUGCCAGUGAAGCGAGCCAUCAUUAGGCUGAAAAAUCGAAACAAACCCAAAAACAUUAGGUGUGGCCAAAUCAACUAUUCAGUACGUUCUUACAAAAAGAAAGAAUGUAUGUUUUGCAUGUACAGAGGUCACAUUUUCUCCAGGAAUCUGUUCAUCAGUGGCUCAAACCCCUCCUGCACUCUUAAAAAAAGUGCCACAAAGAACCAAACAGGGUGUUUCAUAGCGAGGCCAUAGAAGAACCUUUUUCGGUUCCACAAAGAACCUUUUAGUGGAUGGUUCAUUUAAGAACCAUUUUUCCUUAAUGCCACAAAAAAUCUUUUCAGGUUCUACAAAGAACCAGUCAAAAAAAAAAAAUGUUCUUUAUGGCACCAAUAGAUCCAAAACUGCUUAAAAUUAACUAGGAUUUUUUCUGCAAUGAAACAAAUUUUCUCAUAUACAUUGUUUAAAAAGAACUAGAGUAACAAGAUUUGAAAAGAUGAUUAUUUAUUGAAUUACAAGUCGAUCUGUGUGUGUGUGUGUGAGAGAGAGAGAGAGAGAGAGAGAGAGAGAGAGAGAGAGAGAGUGUGAGUGAGUGAGUGAGUGUAUAUUAAUACAUAACAUUUGUCUCAAUUGUGACAAUUUUAAGAACAAUUUUAAAUAAUGCAGCAGAUCUUUUUCUUGGCAUCACAUACUUAUGUCAACCUUGAAAUGCAUUUCAUUCUUUACAAAUCAAGCCUAGUGGCCCUGUAUUAAAAGAAACUGCUGAAAUGUGACUACAACUUAUUACCAGUCUGAAAUGUUAUUACAAGUUAUCUUUCUUUCAGAUUCUAUUUAUUAUGGAACCAUUACAGAAACUCUUAAAAUUCUGUUUUUGUGAUGAAGAGGUUUAAAAUUAAAUUACAAAGCUGACAUAAACAGCAGCAACAAAGGACAAGAUCAAUAGUUUUAAGCAACUACAGAGAAUUAAAAACCCUUUGUACAGGGACAGGUCCACUCCUUUUAAAGACUAAGGCCUGUUAAUGUGAACACUGGAAAACACCUUCCAUCCCAUAUUACUGAGCAAUACAUGCCUGUUUUGCGUGUCCCAGUGACACUUCAUCAAGCCACUGGCAAACUUCUGCGACUGUCCAGUGCUCAGUCAUGCCUGUAAAGCAGAACAAAGACAUUCAUGUUAUAAAAUGCACAAUGUUAGUAAGUUGGAUCUGCAAUUUUACAACUGCACUUUAAAAUUUGACACAGCUAGCUUGGCAUGAAUAUUAACAAUAUUUUUUACUUUAUAUUAAUUCAACAAACAUCAAAUUUAACUUAAAAUAAUAUCCACACUGCAGUAAAUUAAUUUAAGAUCAUUUGAAAGUAAUUCCAUAUGGUUUAGGAUCUUCUCUGUUCUCAUGAUUCAUUCCCCAUUCAAUUGUGUCUUCUGGUCCUACAAGUGGUCUCUCAGAGAGAGAUUGGUUCAUUUUUGUGACCACACAAACACAUCAUCCUUUCGGUCAUGAAGGAAAUGACUUGGGAGAUGAACUAAUCAAUUCUGUUUCCUGUUCGUACAAGAGUCAGAAUUGAUUAGUGAAUCUCCCGAGUCAGAACGAAUCACUCUCGGUCUGUGUCCGAAAUGGCGGACUACCCUACUACACAGUAGUACUUUGGUUUCAUUAAUUUAUAUGUUUAAUUAUUUAUGAAUUGAUAAUAUUUGUGAAGUUCAUUUUUUUGUUUCGCAUUUAUUUUUUAUUUCAUUUAUUUAUUUAGCUUAAUGGUAUUAUCUUAGUAUGGUUAGAAAAAAUGACAAUGCUGAUGAAUAAAUGCUAUAAAUGUG